AUGUGCACGCGCAAACCACAUAUCCCCCCAAGUACCAGUAAUCAAGUUGGUGGGCUCAAGGUUAAAGAGACAGAGAGAAGAAGCAAAAGGGGGAAAAAUGAAAAUGAUGCAAGACGAAGUCCGAAAGGGUCCAUGGACAGAACAGGAGGACAUUCUACUGAUCAACUUUGUGCACUUAUUUGGAGAUCGACGAUGGGAUUUUAUAGCGAAAGUAUCAGGUUUGAAGGUGGCGGGAGACAAAUAAUAGGUUUGAACAGAACAGGAAAAAGUUGCAGGUUGCGAUGGGUUAAUUAUCUCCACCCUGGUCUUAAAAGAGGAAAGAUGACACCUCAAGAGGAAAGACUUGUGCUGGAACUUCACGCCAAAUGGGGAAAUAGAUGGUCAAGAAUUGCUCGCAAAUUACCUGGGCGAACUGAUAAUGAAAUAAAGAACUAUUGGAGGACUCAUAUGCGAAAGAAGGCUCAAGAGAGGAAAAGGGCCGUGGGGCUUGAGCAAGUUGCCUUAGCAGGAAAAAAUGGGGAGGCUGUGCAGGGAGGUGAAAAGGGAUACUCUAUGGAUGACAUAUGGAAAGAUAUUGAAAACACUAUUGAACCAGUUUGUGAUGGGUUUAGUGAAGAAGGUUGCAAUUUUUCUUGUCCUUCGUUGGCUUCUCCAUCAUGGGAAUACCGCCCAGACACACUUUGGAGUAUUGGUGAAGAAGAGGGCAAGAUGUUUCUGCCUUAUGACGAUGGGACAAUGUUUUUGACUGGCUAA